ACAGGCAGAGGCAGCAUAUCUCUCAGCUGGAACAGAGAAUACGAGAGAGUGAGAUGAAAGCACACGGCACUCUUUUAAGCCAGACCAGUUCUUACAACGAUAUGUGCCUGAUCAGGUUGCAGGACCUUCAGCGAGAAGUUACUUUCUUGAGAGCCCAAUUUGCAGAGAAGACAGAGUCUUCUGGUCGUGAGAAGGCAGAGUUGGAGAAGAAAUUGUGUGCUGUGGAGGCAGAAAAUAAAGCGCUCAGAGAAGCUAUAAAGGAGGCAGCCCAAAGGCAAUCAGAUGAAUUGAACAGACAAGAGGAACGAGUGAAAGGAAGGGAAAGGCAUAUUAAUUCUUUGAAGAAAAAGUGCCAGAAAGAGGCAGAGCAGAACAAGGAAAAGCAGCAGAAGAUUGAGUCUCUGGAGAGAUACAUGGCUGAUCUUCCUACUGUGCAGGACUACCAGAAACAACUGCAUCAGCUGAAGGAACUCCACGAAAAGAAUUACCUUCUGCAGGAACAAGUCAGUGAUCUAGAAAGAAAACUGGCAGAAGCUAGAGCAACCUGUAGAGAGAAUGAAACUAAGCUUGCAGCUGAGAAUUUCAAAGUACAAGAACAUUUGAAUACCAUUGAAAGUUUACAGAGGGAACUAAAAAAGCUGGAAACCACAGACUGGAAAGUGGAAGAAAAGAGGUUAUUACAAGAAGCAGAGGAUUUAAGACGAGAAAUAGAAUCUCAUCAAAAAGAACAGGAAGGCCUAAGAAAGGUGGUGGAAAGCCAAAAGAAAAAGCUGGAGCAGAUGUGCAAUAAAACAAAGGAACUAGAAGAGCAGGUCGGUCAUGAAGAGGGCAUGGGUCAGGCCUUAAAAGAAGAAUCUCAGCGCAAAGAAGCUGCUCUGCAACAACUGAAGACUGCAGUGAAAGAGUUGGCAAUACAAAACCAGGACCUAAUGGAGCGCAAUGUAACCCUGCAAGAGCAGCUGCGGAUGGCAUGUGUAAAGGGACAGCCUACACAGAUGGACUCUAUUCAACUUCUCAAGCUUUUCAAAGAGAUGAAUUGCUGUCAAAAGAACCUACGAUCUAUCUGCACUCUGCUAAGCCAAAGAAUGCAGGGCUCAGACCCUAACCUGUCCAUGUUACUAGGAGUACACUCAACAACAGUUGUAGAAGACCAAGAAGAAUCAUCAGAUUUACUGUCUAUUGAAAGAUAUCUGAACGGAAUAGACCAGCUUAAAAAGGACAUUGAGGAUUUACGUACUACAGUAAGUGACCGUUACGCCCAGGACAUGGGAGAUAACUGUAUUACUCAGUGA